AUGCCAGAUCAACGUAACUUAACAAUUAAUAAUAAUAAUAAUGAAAAUCAACAAUUGGGUGUAGAAAAUGAAUACAAUUCAACGGUAACAAAUAAUGAACAGUUAAUUCCUCUGCCACAACUCGUUGCAGAUGAAAGAACUAUUGAUACGCAUGGUAUAACAGAUGAACAAAUCAAUACACGUAUGGUCUAUCCACACAAUUAUUUUCCAGAAAUAAUAAUAUUUAAUUAUUGCUGGAUGCUUAUCUUCUUUCAUUCAUAUAUCAAUCAGUUUUUGCAUUUAUUAACAUUCGUAAGAACUUAUACUAUUACUCAUCCAUUAGGAGCAUACGACAGACAAUAUGAUACAGAAAUUAAUGAAACUCAACUAGUGUUCUCAGAAUCAACAUGUCUAUAUGAUACGCUUAUAGAUCGAGAUGAAGAAGCAGAAGGUCUGACUGCUCAUCCAACGGAUGAACUUGUAAUAUUUUCUGCAACCACUAUGAUUGUUGAACUAACUGAUGCUCGAUACAUAAAUGCAUAUGGAGACGAUAUACGUGUUGAUGAUCUUCCAUAUAUACUGCCGGUUUUAAAUAACGAAAAUGAUAACUUGAUUCCUCCAAAUACACAGAAUGGCCCCAUUGAUCAUGAUAUAAAUAAUGCAUAUAAUGUAUCUGAAGAUGCUAUUGAUAAUCUAGCAUGGAUUAUGGAUCCUGUCCGUUCAGUUGAAUCACAAGAUAACAUUCCUUCUAGUGAUACUAGUGCUGAUGAGUGUACAAGUAGCUAUGAAAGUGGUUUUGUCGGCGAUGAUAGAGUUGAAACAUCUAAUGAUGAUCUAAAUACAGGUGCAGAUUUAUUAGCUAAUGAAGAUGUUCCUACUAAUGUUCAAGAUAAUAGUCUUUCAAAUGGAGAAAAUCUAGUUCAUGAACAAGCAACUACAACAGAGACGUCAUCUAAUGAAGCUAGAGAAUUUAGAGAAAAUGUUAAUGCACCCAUAGAAGGUGAUGCUGAUCCCGACAUAACAUCGGCUCUUCACUUACCAAACAUAUUCGUUCCAAAAUCAUCUAAUGAUAUUCCCUCAGGCGAUGAAUCUGAGGAAGAGAGUGUCUGUUGA